GCUCAGGAUUAGCACCAGAGCGUAUCAUGAAAAACGUUAAACAAGUUUUUUGUGGUAGUUGGAAUUCGUUUGUUAUUGAUGAAAAUAAUAAAUUAUACGUAUGGGGACUUAACAACUAUGGCCAAUGUGGAUUUGAUCCUAAAAAGAAGGAAUCAAUAGUAUGUCCUACACUACUCGAUCUUGGUUAUGAUGGUACUGUUAAAGAAGUUGCUGCUGGACAGCACCAUGCAGUUAUACUGUUUGAAGAUGCUUUUACACUUUCAGUGAAGUGGGAAGGGAACCAUCAUUAA